AAGAUGCGAGAGAAGCUGGAGCAGCAGAGGAUGGAAAUGCAGAGUGUUCAGCUUUCACAUCAUGAUCUGCAGAGGCAACUCCAUAAUUGCCCCGAAGCUCUAAGGGAGCAGGUGCAGUGCCAGCUUACAAGGGAAUCUGAUCGUCUAGAAUCCCAGAUGAAGCUAUUUGAAGAUCUAGAGUUCCAGCAGCUGGAGAAUGAGAGCCGUUUGGAAGAGGAGAGAGAAACAGCAAGUCAGCAACUAUUACAGAACAAGGGAGAGUGCCAAAAGAGAAUUGCUCAUAGAAAGGAACGUCUAGCUGCACUGGAGCUUCAAGCCAAUCAAAUUAGAUUUCAGUCUGCACAGGAUGCUGAACGUCUUGGUCAGGAAAGAAGUGCAACUUUAGUACAGCUACAUAAGGAAAAGGAAAAGUUGGUUCAACUGGAGAGAAGAUAUCAAACCCUGACAAGGCAGCGGGGUUUUUCCACUGGGUCAUCUGCUCUCAGGGAGAUUUCUUUGUCUCGAACAGAAAUCGAUGGUGGUAGAACACUGCCAAGGAUGAAAACGGUUUCUCCAGCUUCUUCCCUCUUCUCAGUAGCUACUUUGGGAAGAAGUGUUUCACCAAAGAGUGCACCUUUGACACCAAAUGGCUCAGGAAGUCUUUCCCGUGGAUUGGCGGUCACUCUGCAGGAUAUUCAGAGUAAGAGGCAACAAGCACUACUGCAAAAAGGACAGCAAGUAAUAGAAGAACAACGCAAGCGCCUUGCAGAGUUAAAGCAGAAAGCUGUUGUUGAGGCUCAGUCGCAAUGGGAGUCUCUCCAUGGAGCUCCUCAUCAAGGCUACCUCCCUAUCAUGCAUCAUUCCAUUCUGCAUCACCAGCGGCCUUUGAACUCUCGUGAUGAUGACCCUGCGCAUGGCUAUGACACUUUGAGUUUGGAGAGCUCAGACAGUCUAGACACUAGUGUUUCCACAGGAAACUCUGCAUGCUCCCCCGAUAAUAUGUCUAGUGCUAGUGGUCUGGACAUGCUGAAGAUUGAGGAAAUGGAAAGGAUGCUGCUAGAGGCUCAUGCAGAACGAGCAAGGCUUGUAGAAUCCAGAGAACGUGAAGUUGAAGCACGCAGAAGAGCAUUGGAAGAUGAAAGAAGAAGGAGAGAAGAACUGGAGAGACGUCUACAGGAUGAGACUGCUCACAGGCAAAGACUUGUAGAGAAAGAGGUUAAAAUGAGAGAAAAACAUUUUUCCCAGGCUCGUCCUCUCACUCGUUAUUUGCCUAUUCGGAAAGAAGAUUUUGACCUCCGUACCCACAUUGAGUCCUCAGGUCAUGUUGUGGACACGUGUUCUCAUGUAAUAAUAAAUGAAAAGAUGUGUCGUGGCUUUCUAACAAAGAUGGGUGGUAAAAUUAAGUCUUGGAAGAAGCGCUGGUUUGUUUUUGACCGUAUGAAGCGGACCCUAUCCUAUUACGUUGACAAACAUGAAGCAAAGCUGAAAGGUGUCAUUUAUUUCCAGGCAAUAGAGGAAGUGUACUAUGAUCACCUGAGGAAUGCAGCAAAGAGCCCCAACCCUGCACUGACGUUUUGUGUUAAGACCCAUGACCGGCUGUAUUAUAUGGUAGCUCCUUCUGCAGAAGCCAUGAGGAUUUGGAUGGAUGUCAUUGUAACAGGGGCCGAAGGGUACACUCAGUUUAUGAACUAA